AUGUCAGAGACUUCCUCCCAUGACUCCUUCUAUGAUUCCCUAUCAGACAUACAGGAAGAAGGCAAGAAUGCUGACUUCUUCCCCGAGCUAUCUGCUUUUCUCAGCCAGGAAGAAAUAAACAAAAGUCUUGACUUGGCCCGGAGAGCUAUAGCUGACUCUGAAACAGAAGAUUGUGACUCAGAAAAGGAGAUUUCACAGAUUUUCAACACCUCUCCUGUAAGCCUCUGCAAAAAUCCUUCUCAUAAGGAGAACAAACUAGGUGAGAAAUCCUCCUCAGGAAGACCUCAGGAGACCAGGUCCGUACCUGCCCAGCCUCUGACAGAAGCACAAACUAAGAGGAUCUCGUCACCUGUUUCCAAGAGGAAACCUGCCUUAUCACCCCUGCUCGCCAGGCCUAGUUACAUCCGAAGUCUCCGAAAGGCUGAGAAGCAUGGUGGAAAAUCUUCAAACAUAAGCAAAAAACCCCAGCCAACAUAUCAAGGUAAGGCUGGGCCCCAGAGCCAGCUGUGUGACAAGGCUGCUAGCUUCAUUGAAGAGCUGACAUCUAUAUUUAGAGAAGCUGCAAAGCCGAAAAACAGAAGCCCAAAUGGGGAGUCUUCAUCACCAGACAGUGGAUACCUAUCUCCUAAAAACCAGCCAUCAGCUCUGACGAGUGUCUCAGCUGACUGCCGUAGCCCCACAGAAGAACAACAGGAGAUGGAAACAGACAUUAAGUUGACUGAGGCGAGGCAUUGCUACCAGGCUGGGGCCAUGCCAUGCAAUAGCAUCUCUAAUCCACAGCCCCAGAAUCCACAUUUACCAUCUGCCCCUCGGUUCAUCCAAAAGCUGAGAAGCCAAGAAGUGGAAGAAGGAAGUAGAGUUUAUUUGGAGUGUAGAGUCACUGGAAACCCAACUCCUCGAGUCAGAUGGUUUUCUGAGGGGAAAGAAUUGCACAAUUCUCCUGAUAUUCAGAUCCACUGUGAAGGCGGAGACCUCCAUACCUUGAUCAUAGCAGAGGCCUUUGAAGACGACACGGGUCGAUACACUUGUCUGGCAACAAACCCCAGCGGCUCAGACACAACAUCUGCAGAGGUGUUCAUUGAAGGUGCCAGUUCAUCAGAUUCUGACAGUGAAAGUUUAGCUUUCAAAUCAAAACCUGGAGCUAUGCCACAAGCUCAAAAGAAAACAACUUCCGUUUCCUUAACAAUUGGAUCAUCAUCUCCAAAGACAGGUGUGACCACAGCUGUGAUUCAGCCCUUAUCUAUCCCUGCUCAACAGGUUCACAGCCCAACUUCAUAUCUCUGCCGGCCUGAUGGAACCACUUCUGCGUAUUUUCCUCCUGUUUUCACAAAGGAACUGCAAAACAUAGCAGCGUCAGAAGGCCAGGUGGUGGUUCUGGAGUGCCGGGUCCGAGGGGCUCUCCCUCUGCAGGUCAAAUGGUUCCGACAAGGCAGUGAAAUCCAAGACUCUCCCGAUUUCCGGAUUCUACAGAAAAAACCCAGAUCUACAGCAGAACCUGAGGAGAUUUGCACCCUAGUAAUUGCAGAAACUUUCCCUGAGGAUGCAGGGAUCUUUACAUGCUCUGCAAGAAAUGAAUAUGGAUCAGUCACCAGCACUGCCCAGUUGGUGGUCACCUCAGCCAACAGCGAAAACUGUAACUAUGACUCAAUGGGAGAGUCCAACAAUGAUCACUUCCAACACUUUCCACCUCCCCCUCCAAUCCUGGAGACAAGUUCUUUUGAGUUGGCUUCAAAGAAACCAUCUGAGAUCCAGCAGGUGAACAGCCCUGACUUAGGACUUAGCAUGGCAGCCCUUCAAAUGCAAUUCAAUUCAGCUGAGAGGGAAGCUAAUGGAGUCCAUCCCAAGCAUGGAGUAAACGGACUGAUUAAUGGCAAGGCUAACAACAAUAAAUCUCUUCCAACACCAGCUGUCCUGCUUUCACCCACUAAGGAGCCACCACCUCUGCUUGCCAAACCAAAACUGGACCCUCUGAAAAUCCAGCAGCUUCAGAACCAAAUCCGCUUGGAGCAAGAGGCCAGCGCCCUGCGGAGCGCGCCGCCCUCGCCGCCCUUCCCGCCACCGCCAGCCUUCCCCGAGCUCGCGGCCUGCGCGCCGCCCGCCGCUGCGGAGCCCAUGAGCGCGCUGGCCUCCCGCGGCGCCCCCGCCAUGCAGUCCUCGGGCUCCUUCAACUACGCGCGCCCCAAGCAGUUCAUCGCCGCGCAGAACCUGGGCCCAGCGUCGGGCCACGGCACGCCCACCUCCAGCCCCAGCUCCUCCAGCCUCCCGUCGCCCAUGUCGCCGACGCUGAAACAGUUCGGCCGUGCGCCCUUGCCACCCUUCGCGCAGCCCUUUGGCGCCGAGGUCGAGGCUCCGUGGGGCCCGUCUUCGCCAUCGCCCCCGCCUCCACCUCCGCCCCCGCCGCCUCCGGUCUUCAGCCCCACCGCGGCCUUCUCGGCUCCCGAGGUGUUCCCGCUGCCGUCGCCACCGCCACCGCUGCUCCUGAGCUCUGGCUCCCACUGUUCCUCGCCCGUGGCCCGCUACAGCCAUGGUCAGACGCCCGCUGGCUUCCUCAGCUCCCUGCUGCCCUCGCAGCCGCAGCCUGUCGCUGUCAACGCCUUGGGGCUGCCCAAGGGUGUCACCCCCGCGGGUUUUCCAAAGAAAGCUAGUCGAACUGCUAGAAUAGCUUCUGAUGAGGAGAUCCAGGGCACAAAGGAUGCUGUCAUUCAAGACCUGGAACGAAAGCUUCGCUUCAAGGAGGACCUCCUGAACAACGGCCAGCCGAAAUUAACAUAUGAAGAAAGAAUGGCUCGCCGAUUACUAGGUGCUGAUAGUGCAACUGUCUUUAACAUUCAGGAGCCAGAAGAAGAACCAGCUCAUCAGGAAUACAAAGUCUCCAGCUGUGAACAGAGGCUCAUCAGUGAAAUAGAGUACAGGCUGGAAAGGUCUCCUGUGGAUGAAUCAGGAGAUGAAAUUCAGUAUGGAGAUGUACCUGUGGAAAAUGGGAUGGCGCCAAUCUUUGAGGUGAAGCUGAAGCAUUACAAGAUCUUUGAGGGGAUGCCUGUAACUUUUACAUGCAGAGUGGCUGGCAAUCCAAAGCCAAAGAUCUAUUGGUUUAAAGAUGGAAAGCAGAUUUCUCCAAAGAGUGAUCACUAUACCAUUCAAAGAGACCUUGAUGGGACCUGCUCUCUUCACAUCACAGCUUCCACCUUAGAUGAUGACGGGAACUACACCAUUAUGGCUGCAAACCCUCAGGGCCGCGUCAGUUGUACUGGACGGCUGAUGGUACAAGCUGUUAACCAAAGAGGCCGCAGUCUCCGCUCUCCCUCGGGCCAUCCUCAUGUCAGAAGGCCUCGUUCAAGAUCAAGAGACAGUGGAGAUGAGAAUGAACCAAUUCAGGAGCGAUUCUUCAGACCUCAUUUUGUGCAGGCGCCUGGAGAUCUGACUGUUCAGGAAGGAAAACUCUGCAGAAUGGAUUGCAAAGUCAGUGGUUUACCAACCCCGGAUCUAAGCUGGCAGCUAGACGGAAAGCCCAUCCGUCCCGACAGUUCUCACAAGAUGCUUGUGCGUGAGAAUGGUGUGCACUCCCUGAUCAUAGAGCCAGUCACGUCCCGAGAUGCUGGCAUCUACACGUGUAUAGCCACCAACCGAGCUGGACAGAACUCAUUCAGCCUGGAGCUUGUGGUUGCUGCUAAAGAAGCACACAAGCCCCCUGUGUUUAUUGAGAAACUGCAGAACACGGGCGUUGCGGACGGCUACCCGGUGCGGCUGGAGUGCCGCGUUUCAGGAAUGCCACCACCUCAGAUAUUUUGGAAGAAGGAAAAUGAGUCGCUCACUCACAGCACUGACAGAGUGAGCAUGCACCAGGAUAAUCAUGGCUACAUCUGCCUGCUUAUUCAGGGAGCCACAAAAGAAGACGCAGGGUGGUACACCGUGUCGGCCAAGAACGAAGCUGGCAUUGUGUCCUGCACUGCCCGGCUGGAUGUUUACACCCAGUGGCAUCAACAGCCACAGAGCACCAAGCCAAAAAAAGUACGGCCCUCCACCAGUCGCUAUGCAGCACUUUCGGACCAGGGACUCGACAUCAAAGCAGCGUUCCAACCUGAAGCCAACCCAUCUCACCUGACACUGAACACCGGCUUGGUGGAAAGCGAGGAUCUGUAA